GUUUUACUCUAAUAAAACUCAUCACCUUAUUUUCCCAAUAUAAACUCCAGAUAACAUCAGAACCCUAAACCUCACCAAGCGGCCGCCUCUUCCUCUCCCAGGUGAUUUGAGCUUUGUGUUGUGUUUCUUGUUCGGUGAAGCAAUCCGCAAAGAUGCAGAACGAAGAGGGUCAAAACGUGGAUCUUUAUGUACCCAGGAAAUGUUCCGCCACUAACAGGCUCAUCACCUCGAAGGAUCAUGCUUCUGUCCAGAUCAACAUUGGACACUUGGAUGAGCUUGGCAGAUACACUGGCUCAUUCUCCACUUUCGCUCUUUGUGGCUUUGUCCGUGCCCAGGGUGAUGCUGACAGUGCCCUCGACAGGCUUUGGCAGAAGAAGAAAGGCGAAGUCCGACAGCAGUAAUAGGCUGUUUCUGAACUUGUGUUAGUUUGAACUAUUAAGUUGUAGUUUGUUUUGGUGGAUUAUGUUGAAGUUGUUUUCGUUGAAUCGGAUGAUACCUUCAAUUUGGUUAUUUUUCUAAUGGGGGCAGAGCUUCCUUUUAGUGAGAUAUGUCUAUUCUUAUUGUUUUGGCUUUCA